ACCGGUAGUCAGUGUCAAGUGUAAUCUUAUAGCGAAAAGUCGCCACUCGAAAAGAAUACCAGCCGAAAAUAAUAAAAGUGCAAUAAACUGGGAUUACUCUGCACCUGCGAUUGGUGAAUCGCAAUCAGUUGGAAAAUGGUCUACGAUAUGACGCAUAUGGCGGCGGGUCCGCCGCAGAGCAUCUCCCUGAGCCGCUACUACCUGGCCGAGGAGGACGAAAUGGUGGUGGGCGCCAAUAAUCCCCACCUGAUUAGCGAGGACUAUGCCGCCAGCACCACCCUGGACAUUGACAAGAGAUUCCAGGCCCGAAUGGCCUGCGAAACAGCCGCCCAACCGGCCCCACCGCCACCACCCACGCCGGCACCCCGUCGCCGGACCACUCCCAUCGCCCAUCUGGAUCCCUCGGAGCUGGUUGGGUUGUCGCGGGAGGAGCGACGUCGCCGGCGUCGUGCCACACUGAAGUACAGGACGGCCCAUGCCACACGGGAGCGGAUCCGGGUGGAGGCCUUCAAUGUGUCCUUCGCGGAGUUGAGGAAACUGCUGCCCACUUUGCCGCCGGACAAGAAGCUCUCCAAGAUCGAGAUCCUCAAGCUGGCCAUCUGCUACAUUGCCUAUUUGAAUCAUGUGCUGGAGACACCCUGAGACAACGCCGGCGGAUCCAGCUCCAUAUCCAGUUCCAUCUCGACCGGAUCCGGUUUCGCCACCAGCUGUAUCUUCAACGAGGCCAACUUCUUUGCACCGCCGUAGGAUGGACUUCAGGGGCAGGGCCAAAAAAUAUAUUUAUUUAUAACUUGUUUUUUAAAUUAAUAUUUAUUGGUUUUAAAAAAACUUUUUUUUAAAAGGGUUUUCCAAGAAAACAAAAAGUAAGAAAACUAGUUUUAAAGUUUAGACUGUUUUUAUUUUUUAUUUUUUAAAACGUAUAUUUUAGUAACUUUAUUACAAAAAAUACUAUAAAUUAUAAUUUUAAAUGUUGGAUAUUUUUUAUAUUUUUAAUCCAUUUAUUUGGGUUUAAUUUUGUAAAAAGGAAGGAAAGAGAUUUAAAACCAAAGCUUGAAGCCCAAAAAGUAGGCAACAUAAAAAUUUAAAAAUGUAAUAUUUAAAAAUAUCAUUGUUUUUCCAAAACAAAAAGUCUAAAAUAUUAAGAAAACAUAUAAAAAUAAUUAGAAAAGUAUUACAGAAUAUUUCCACAAAUAUUUAAAGAUAAAAUUUAACCAAAAUAAUAAUUAGGAGACAAAAACUAGUAAUUAAAAAAAGUAAUUUUUUUUUAGCCACUAAGUCGUGAUAUUUGUUUAUACUCUAACUGUACUUUGUAUGUGAGAAUGUGCGUGAGUGUCUCUAUAUAUGUGUGUGUGUGUGUGUGUGAGGCAGUCAAAUAAUAA